ACGCCCAGCUAGGUUACUAUAUUUUUCUGUAAUUUUCAUGUACUGUUCAUGUUUAGGUCUUGCUUCCCUACAUUCUUUAUAUUGACAGUUCCACUAGCUUUGAAUAGCCCUGUGUUCUUUAGUUGAGCAAGGUCAUUCUAAGCACACACAUCUGUUUUAGACAGAAUUUUUUUCUGUUUUUCUUAUUGCAAUGAUCAUAGUUCAUACAAAAAUAUCCAUAAAGCAAGAGUCAAGAUCUACCCUUCUUUUUUCCAGCGCAUAUUUAUUGUAUAUUUAUUUGUACAGGCUUCUGUUUUAAUGCAGAGAAGCAGACAAUAUAAAAGUAAGCAUAUAAGUCAAAGUAAUUUCAAGUAGUGGUAGCUGCUGUAAAGAAAAUAAAGCAAAAUCAGAAAAGACCUUUCUAAUGAGGAGAUAUAAGGGUUGAGACCCAACUGAUGAUAAUGAGAAGUCCUACUGAGAUUUGAGGAAAAAUGUUUUCCACCACGUGACACUAUAGGUGCCAAAGCCCUGUGAUAGGAAUGACCAUGGUAUUGGAGAAACAGAAAGACAACCAGCAUGGAUCUUAGUCAGCUAUAGGGGAGGUGUUACAAGAUGAAAUUAUGGUGGGUAAGUUAUUUAGAUUUUACUCUAAAUACAAUGAGAAGUCCUUAGAGGGUUUUAAAUGUAAACAUGAAAUGAUUGGUUAACAUUUUGAAAAAAAUCAGUCUUACUAACACAUGGAUAACAGAUGGUUUGUUGAAGGACAAGCAUGAAGGAAAAGCUUUAGAAGGCUAUUUCAGUUUUACAGACAUGAGAUGAGGAUGGCUCAGACUAGGGUGGUGGUGGAAAUAGAAGUAGACUAAUUCAGGUUGAUUUUUAAUCUCAAGCGAAGAGGACCUGCUCAUAAAUGAUCUGUGAAAAUAAGUUACCAACACACCUAAGCUGGAAGAUUGUCCUGGUUUACCAUGAUAAUCAGCAGAGGCAAGCUUUGAUUCAAGUGUAUAAAAAGGAGACUCAGGGUAUCACCAGCCCUGGCUUUGCAUCUUUGACAUUUGAGGGAACUUUGGGAGCACCUAUCAUACCUCGUACUUCAAGCAAGUAUUUUAACUUCACUACAGAGGACCACAAAAUGGUAGAAGCCUUACGUGUUUGGGCAUCUACUCAUAUGUCACCAUCUUGGACAUUACUAAAAUUGUGUGAUGUUCAGCCAAUGCAGUAUUUUGACCUGACUUGUCAGCUCUUGGGCAAAGCAGAAGUGGAUGGAGCAUCAUUUCUUCUAAAGGUAUGGGAUGGCACCAGGACACCAUUUCCAUCUUGGAGAGUCUUAAUACAAGACCUUGUUCUUGAAGGUGAUUUAAGCCACAUCCAUCGGCUACAAAAUCUGACAGUAGAUAUUUUAGUCUACGAUAACCAUGUUCAAGUGGCAAAAUUUCUGAAGGUUGGAAGCUUUCUUAGAAUCUAUAGCCUUCAUACCAAACUUCAAUCAAUGAAUUCAGAGAAUCAGACAAUGUUAAGUUUAGAGUUUCAUCUUCACGGAGGUACCAGUUAUGGUCGGGGAAUCAGGGUCUUGCCAGAAAGUAACUCUGAUGUGGAGCAACUGAAAAAGGAUUUAGAAUCUGCAAAUUUGACAGCCAGUCAGCAUUCAGAUUUCAUCUGUCAAUCAGAACCUGACGACAGCUUUCCAAGCUCUGGAUCAGUAUCAUUAUACGAGGUGGAAAGAUGUCAACAGCUAUCUGCUACAAUACUUACAGAUCAUCAGUAUUUGGAGAGGACACCACUAUGUGCCAUUUUGAAACAGAAAGCUCCUCAACAGUAUCGCAUCCGAGCAAAAUUGAGGUCAUAUAAGCCCAGAAGACUAUUUCAGUCUGUUAAACUUCAUUGCCCUAAAUGUCAUUUACUGCAAGAAGUUCCACAUGAGGGCGAGUUGGAUAUAAUUUUGCAAGAUGGUGCAACUAAAACUCCAGAUGUCAAGCUACAAAAUACAUCAUUAUAUGAUUCGAAAAUCUGGACCACUAAAGAUCAAAAAGGACGAAAAGUAGCAGUUCACUUUGUGAAAAAUAAUGGUAUUCUCCCACUUUCAAAUGAAUGUCUACUUUUGAUAGAAGGAGGUACACUCAGUGAAAUUUGCAAACUCUCAAACAAGUUUAAUAGUGUAAUUCCUGUGAGAUCUGGCUACGAAGACCUGGAACUCUUGGACCUUUCAGCACCAUUUUUUAUACAAGGAACAGUACAUCACUAUGGAUGUAAACAAUGUUCUAAUUUGAGAUCCAUACAAAAUCUGAAUUCCUUGGUUGAUAAGACAUCGUGGAUUCCUUCUUCUGUGGCAGAAGGUUAGCUAAAUUUCCAUGCCCUGCAAUUUUGAAUGUUUAUAUACAAGAUUAUUUCACCUACUUACAUUUCAGCAUACCUGAAAAUAUACCUAUUCCUUUGUGUACCUAUUCCUUCUUCUGUAAACAGACUGCAAAUUUAAAGAUAUCUACCAAGCCUUCCUUUAGUCUGCAUUUCUUCAAGCAGGCACCAUCACUGUCUUUGUACUUUCCCCCAUGCUUUACUAUUUUGUUUUUCCUCAUCAGGAAGCAUUCCACUUAACCAGUGCUCUUCUCAAAAUUUGGCAUUUAGAGCUGGCCAUUGUGCUGCAGAUGUGGUUUGGCCGACUCAGAAUAAAGUGAAAAUUAUUAUUACCUAAAACUGGACACUCAACUUCUACUGGCCUGAAAUGGCAUUGUAUAGCUAUUUAUUUGUACACUUGGUUUUGUCUUCUUUCCUUUUUAAUACAGCUGUCUCAUGUUUUAUUUGUGGUCUAGUGAAAUCCUAGGUUCCUCUCACAUGAACUUCUUGAACUUGGUCUCCUCAUUCUAUUCUGAAUGUAAUUUCUUUGUUUUUAUGGUUCCUUGGGGUAGGUACUAAGUUUAUUUUUCUUGAUUUUAGUUCACAGUUUUAACCUAUGGAGACCUUUAGAAGCCUAAAAAUCAGUUCCCCUGUAUUAAUGUCUGUUUUAUACCCUAGUUCAUGUCUGUAUGUCCUAAUUUAUUCUUACUUGCACUCUUAAUUAGUCCUCCUGUUUAAAUAUGGGUUCCAUAGAUAGAAGCUAAUAUAUAACAUUCUAUAAAUUAAGUAUAUUCCAUUUUCAAAUAAGAAGAUAUUUAUCUUAACCUGUAAAUUUUCGUGUUAUCCAGUAUCUGAUUUCUUCUUUCUUCCUCAUCUUACCAAAUUGUUAAAUCUCAGAUUCUGACAUUCUUGACCAUUCAAUGAGAUGAUAUCUCUUUUUAAAAGUAUAAAUUAUUCCCCUAGCUUAUAAUAGAGAGACAUGCUAAAAUGAUGUUUAACUGCAUGUUAUUUUUUAGAACAUUCUGUAUUUUAUCUUUCAUAAUACUAACAUGCAAUGAGUUAAAUU